CAUUAGUCUGUCUGGAUGUCUGACUCAGCCACGCAGGUUGAUUGGGAAUAUUAUUUUUAAGCGUAUAUUUUAACUAAUCAGGCUGUAAAAUAUCCAUUCGUUCUUCUUGCGUUGGACUACGUGCAUCUUGUAUUUCGGGCGGUUUUGCGAAGUGCGAAAGGAGGUUCUUUAUCAAGAAGAAGACCCUUGCUCUGUCAUUUGAAGAAUAGACUGGCACUGCCCAUGUUAUUCUGUUUCUUACCACAUCUGCAAAAUAACAUAGAGGGUACUUCAAUCAAUGUUUCAUUUCUAUCUGUGGACAAGUUCCAACGCUGCAGAUCUUCCCAACGUCCCGGUUCCAGGUCACUGUGUCCCCAAAUUUUUGCUUUUACUCUCCUGCACCAUUGCCUCACUGUUCUUCCCUUGCUUUAUGGAGCUGUCUGUUUUGGCAUUCUCUGACCUUGUUCUGUGUCUUGGCACAGACUUUUAGAAUGAAUUUCAAACCCAUGGUCUGAUUAGUUGAAUUUGUACUUUUAUUUGUGGACCAAAUCUUAAACUGCACAAUAACAGCCUCUGCCUGACACAUGGUGAUGUUGGAGUUUUAACCCUUACAGCAAACUCAGCCAAAUGUCAAUGAGCUCUCAGGAUUUAACCCAAAGGCUUUCCAGCUGAGUUAGCACUCAAGAUUUAAACCAAGGACUGACUGACAACUUCCAGGUGUAGUUUAAGCAUUAAAGCUCAUGUAAAACACAAAUCAUGAGCUCUGACAGUUUCCAGUACCAUGCACUGUUUGAGUACAAACAGGAGCGGGGUGAUGAUAUCUCCCUGCAGCCUGGGGAUCUCCUAACAGUCAGCAAAAUCAAUUUACUGACACCUGAUUACCAAGAGGGCGAUGAGAAGUGCCCAAAGGGCUGGCUGCAUGGCACCAAUGAAUGCACUAAGGAAAAGGGCAACUUCCCUGGCACCUUUGUGGAAUAUGUUGGGGUCGUGAGAGUGGGCCUUCCCUCAGGGAAGCCCUGGCCCAGACCUGUACCCCCAAUGCUUGUAGGGCCCCAGCCCCCGGCAGCCUCUACAUCAGAAGGCUCCUGUGGAAAAGGAGAUGUUGUGGAGCAGUGUGCUCUACCUGACCAGGCCCCAGCAGUGGUGCUUAGGCUGACAGAGGCACUGGAGAGACAGUGCUGGGAGAAUGAGCCUCUGUACCGGACUGCCCAGGCCUCUACUGGACCUCCAGAAUUAUAUGAGGCUUUAGAAACAGACCCAGCAGCAGUGGACUUUGAUCAAUAUGAAUUGUCCAUUUUGGCUGAUAUUCUUAGGGGUUACUUGCAGGACUUGCCCUGCCCGCUCAUCCCAGCUAUAGUGUACAGUGAGCUGGUCUACACUGCUCAGGAAACCCAAAACAUGGAGGAGUGUGGACAGCAGCUGAAAAGAAUCCUUGACUCCCCCAGUGUCCCUCAGGCUAACCACCAGCUCCUGGUUCAUCUGACCCAACACCUAAGCAAGGUGGCCCAGAGUGAGGGAGCCGUUCAGGCAAGCCCCAGGCUUCUGGCUCUGGCCUACAGCGAGGCCAUCUUCAAAAACAACCACUUUAGUGCGGAUGUGAACCCAGAACACCAUGUAAAGAUCCUUGAGGCUCUUAUCAUGGUUGGAGGCCUAGUGGAGAUACAGGCUGCCCCAGCUCUUCCUCCCAAGCCAGCAAAACCCAUGACACCAGUAAACAGUAAUGCCGUGAAAGAAGCCGCCAGCGGCUCAUUGCAAGAAGCAGAAUGGUACUGGGGAGACAUAUCUAGGGAAGAGGUGAACGACAAACUGAGGGACAUGCCUGAUGGUACUUUCCUGGUACGGGAUGCCUCGACUAAGAUGCAAGGAGAUUACACACUAACACUAAGGAAAGGCGGAAAUAAUAAGCUAAUAAAGAUCUACCACCGGGAUGGGAAGUACGGUUUCUCAGACCCGCUCACGUUCAACUCGGUGGUGGAACUCAUCAGUCACUAUAGGCACGAGUCUCUAGCCCAGUACAACACCAAACUGGAUGUUAAGCUCAUGUACCCUGUCUCCCGAUAUCAGCAGGAUCAGCUGGUGAAAGAGGACAACAUUGAUGCAGUGGGGAGGAAACUACAGGAAUAUCACAAUCAAUAUCAGGAUAAGAGUAAAGAAUAUGACAGACUCUAUGAGGAGCACACGAAAACCUCACAGGAGAUUCAGAUGAAACGUACUGCAAUAGAGGCCUUCAAUGAGACCAUACAAAUUUUUGAAGAGCAGUGUCACACGCAGGAACGCUACAGUAAGGAGUACAUCGAGCGAUUCCACAGAGAGGGCAGUGACAAAGAGAUUGAGAGGAUUAUGAUGAACUACGAGAAGCUCAAAUCCCGUUUAGGGGAGAUUCACGACAGCAAGACCCGACUUGAACAAGACUUGAAAACGCAGGCUCUGGACAACAGGGAGACAGACAAAAAGAUGAACAGCUUAAAGCCAGACCUCAUCCAGCUUAGAAAGAUCCGAGAUCAGUAUCUUGUUUGGCUGAAUCAUAAAGGCGUUCGACAGAAACGGAUAAAUGAUUGGCUGGGGAUCAAAAAUGAGAACCCCGAUGAUGCCUACUUUGUCAGUGAGGAGGACGAGAAUCUGCCACACUAUGACGAGAAGAGCUGGUUCGUGGGGGACCUGAAUCGAACGCAGGCAGAGGACUUGCUCUACGGCAAACCUGAUGGAGCUUUCCUCAUCCGAGAGAGUAGCAAGAAGGGUUGUUAUGCCUGCUCUGUUGUUGUGGAUGGCGAGGUGAAGCACUGCGUCAUCUACAGCACUCCUCGCGGCUACGGUUUCGCCGAACCCUAUAACCUGUACAGCACUCUGAAAGACCUGGUCUUGCACUACCACCAGACCUCACUGGUCCAGCACAAUGACUUGCUCAACGUGCGGCUGGCAUACCCAGUGUAUGCACAGAUGCCCUCAGGCCCCCGCAGAUGAAGACUGCCCCCCCCAAAUUAACCUGUCUAUACUCUGGGGAGGGGGGGGAAGGGUUUCCGAACGUACUGAAAAAAAAACAUACCAACAAAAAAACACUUGCUGCAACACACACGUCAGCCACCUUGGAGUUAUAUAUUUUUACAAGAACAAUUUGGAGGGCAUUCUUUCUAAAGACUGCUUGAUUUGCACAAGGAAGUUUUAAAUGUUUGUGAAUGUGAAAAAAAGCAGAUAGAAGCAGAGGAGGUGAGUUUCAGGUGACCUGCGCUGCUACCUAAACUCUAGCUGGGACUUUUUACUUGCUUCGUUUUAUCUUUUAGCUCAUAUCUUUCCAUUGUUCAUUCAGUUUUUUUUUUUUUUUUUCUUUCUUUGUAUUAUCUUUGCAUUGUUCUUUUCUAAAUGUAAGGCAGGGAAAAUAUUUUGAUUGUUUUCUCUGUCUCUUUCUCUCUGUGUUCAAAAAAGGCAAAAACUAUGUAGCAAACAGACGACUGACACUUUCCAGAGUGUUCUCACAUUGACUGCUGCUGAACAAGGGAUUGUGGGAUGGUUUGGGAGGGCACAAGUGAAAAUGUGUUGUAGUCUUUUAGAAAAUUGUUUUUACACUAACCUUAGAGAGGUGUUUUUUUUUUUUUUUUUGGAUCAAUUUUUUGUGUCCUUUCUAAGCAGUUAAGAUUGUUACAGUUCAGUACAGAGACCAAAGUUGGCAUGGAGAGGACAUCCUGUUGUUUUUUGUUUAGUUUUUUUAAUUGGCUCAUAUUUAAGAGGAAAGAUAAUGCUCAAUAAACCUUGUUUGCAAACUACACAUAAAAUUAGAUCUGUGUCCUGUGAACUUAAGCUGAAAUUUUUUUAUUAUUAUUAUUUUUAGAACCAAAAUCGCAUGCACAGACAGUUGACGUGAAGCACUUAUAUAGAAAUGACAAGUGACCGCUGCACGUUUGUACACCAAAUUUGAAAGAACAAUAUUUCAUGUGUGGUUUUUAACUAAUUAGGCAUAUGUAUGCUUCAUGUCUGUUCCAGAAAAAUCGUAUUUGUAUAAUUGUAAGGCAGACAUGCAGAAUAUAUCUCGAUUUGUUAAGUAAACAGGAGCAGUGCUUCUCGUUAAAACAGAUGUGCUUUAGUAUGUAACUUAAAGACCAUGCAAUCCAGCUUUUGUUGGUAGAUAAGUCGGUGGCAUCAAAAAGUGAUAAACACUUGAACAUUUUGAAAUAUUUUGAAUUUCCUUGGAAUAAUUUUUUUUUUGGGUGAAAAUCCUCUUUAUUGCAUAGUGCUUCUGUUUUUAGCAGGUUGACUCAUUCUGUAUCAGAAAAAAUACACUUAUUGUUUGGCUGCCUGUUGGUUUUAAUGUUGCACAAUAAAGUCUUUAUGAAAUAAUAUUCACAACUAUAGGUAUAUGCACAAUAUCAGUGUCAGUACACCAUUUAUAUCACUUCCUGUUUCUUGUUGGGCUUCUGGCACCAGUUGUUGUACUUCUAAUUUUUAUUAAAUUUUUUAUCUUUUUCAAAAUUUGGUCCCAUGUUGAAAGGCGCCUUUAACAAAAGAGAAACAAAAGAUUUUUACAGAUCAGCCAUUGUGGUUUUCCGUCUCCCACUACUGCAACUUUCCGUCAACAAUGGUCCCACACUUUUGAGACUUUUCUCCAAAAACCCUCAAUGUAAUGCAUACUGCUUUAUGCAGAACAGCAUAUUAUGAAAACAGAAUUUGCCAAACUGUAUAAACAAAAUGUCAUUAAGUGAUCACAGUGUUAUUUGAAAUAGGAAAGUCUAUAUGGAGUCGUCUUGUGGUUGGUGGGUAAUGAUGGGCCCUUGCAGACAGAACUUUGAUUCAGAUCAGGUGUUGAGGUGAACAUACAACCUAUAGAGCCCUUAAUAAAAACCACAUGCAGACAGGGCAACUGAGGGAUUUUUUUUUCCCCCUCUCCAUCCACUAUACAUUUCACUUGCUCUUCCUGCAUUUGCUAUUGCAACUGUCUAUUGAGUGACUGUAGUGUUAUUGGGUCACUUUAUUGAAUGUUAUUGGCAGGGAAAAAAAGAGAAGUGGUACUUUGUCCAGUGGAAAUCUUUGUGUAAGAGGUAGGGAACUCAAUGUUCUUGUCUGUUUCCAUCACUCUGGCAGGACCUGAACUCUUUGAACAGUCAGAAUUGGCUAGCCUCAGAAAAAUCAGCUAUUUGUUUUUUAUUCUGUCAGUGCGUGCAACCCUUCAUAAAUGCAUCUUUGCAGGCUUUGUCUUAUUAUUAUGGUUUUGCCAUCUCCUUUUCUGUGGAAAGUUUGGAUUACUGUGCUCUGUAUCAUAUGUCCUGUUUAUUUUCUUUUUAUCCUGUCCUCCAAUUGUUUUGGGAGGUCCAGAUUAUUAUUAUAUUUGUUUUUUAAGCUGGACCCCUGCGGGGUCCCCUGUCUAUUACUUGAACUGUUGUAUCACUCACCACUGAAUGUCUUUAUAAAACAUAUAUACAUUUAUUAAAACACAGGAAAUCCCUUUUAUGGCAUGAGUGGAUUAAGUACUUUAAGACAUGAAACUUGUGUUUUGUUGUAAAGGGAGGGAUUUAUUUUAUGUUCACAGAGCUCAAAUGUGACUGUUUAUUACAGCACACAUCAUAUUUGAAGAGUUUUAGAGUGAUUUACUAGCGAACUUGUUUUAUGUUAGACAAUUCACACCAUGUUCGUACAUGACUUUUAUUGAAGAAUUGUUUGGAAAAAUAUUUGAAUCUGUUUUUCUCUGAUUUUUAUGAGCGUUUUCCCAAGCAUUGAGACCAAAGAUUUAAGUUUGGUUUUUCCUAGUUUUGAAGAGAUGCAUUAUCAUUUUCUCUUGUAUUUCAAUCGCCUUGCUUCCAUGCAAACUUAAAUUUUGUGUCUUAGUUUUUGGGUUGCCAUCACUUGCCCCUCGCUUUGACUAUUAUUGUUCUCAGAUUCACUAUAGUGCACAUGGAUUAGCUGGGGGUGCAUUUUUUGCCAUUCGAAAACAUGACCGUUUGUUUACCGAAAUGAAAUGUAGUUUUGUGAAGCCGCAAAGUGAACAGUUUUGAGUGUUGAUAUAAAGCUGAGGUAUUUUUUUUUUUCCUUCAUUUUUGCACUCAUUUCAAAGAGGUAAAUAGAUUUUGGUGUGCCAUCAUAGUUUUACCUUGUCAUAAUUUGAUUAAGUCACUAAAACACCUCUGAAGUCACCAAAAUCAAGUGUUUCUUUGUCUGUUUUCUUUACAGAAUUGUCUUGCAUUCACAUACUCUUAAUCUAGCUGGAGACACUGUUUUUAUGUUCUGCUUUGUAUAUCCAUAUAAAGCAAAUGGAAAACCCUAUGCCCCACUGAAAUUUAUGGUUUGUUUAUGGCCAUUCUCUGCAGGGCAGAAAUCAGUGGGGUUCGUUGGAUUUCUCUGUUACUACACUCCAGAAAGCAUGCAAUAUUCUGUUUUUCUUUUUCCUUCUGAAGGUUUUCAGGGACAUGAACAAGCAUUGCAUUGGGGAUACGUAUGAGAGAUAUUUACUU